CAUCCGUCGUCUCUAAAUCUUCUCGCAACUCUCACGAUUGUUCCGAUUGAAAUAUUUACUCACGUCGGCCCUGCUGUUGAUGGUGCUCCGUUUGGGCCGCAACAGGACGUCCUUGAAGUCCAGCUUGAUGUCGUUCUGGAUGUUGGGCAUGGCUGCAGGACGAGGUAGCAAUUAAACGUCAGUCUCAACACCUCUGCUAAAAAUAGCCCGGGCUCUCUUCUCUUUGUCUUGCUAAAAGCGCCGGCCGAUCUGCUUGCGAGCCUCGAUCUCCAUCAACUGGCACUGAUUCGCCCCGGCGCCCGCAACGUCUCCCCUGGUGCUUUUUGCAGACACCGUCCGUACCGUGAACGUGAAGACACCCCUGCCGUGGUACCCUGCCUGAUGCGCACUCGCCCACUGCGCAGCUCCUCUUGUUUACGUCACUUUGGUGCCGACCGGACCAGCUGGUCGCCAAAACGCCUUCGGAUCGCCGCAGUUUCGCACGCAAGGUUGACUUUUCUGUUCGUGUUCCACGCGUCCAUCGAUUUCCCAGUCCGAGGGUUGCAAUUUUGGCAAAGAUGCCGUCGGCCGGCGAAGUUUUCAACAAUUACCUGCUACACAUUUCUCCAGAGAAAAUUUACAUCGAGCCCAUAGGAGAGAAAGGACUGCUGGUGAUCGACCGGGUGACCCAGGAAGUCUAUUUAAGCCAUGAAACAAACAGCAUAAUUCCCCCUUCAGCAAGUACGAAGCCGAUAUGUGGAAUCAUCGGCAUGACUAAACUCAUCGCCGGCCCUUACUUGAUCGUGAUCACGAAGAAAAAACUCAUCGGACAGAUCAAUGGCCAAAACGUUUGGCAAGUGACCGGCGCUGAUAUUAUUUGCUGCACCAGAACCCUUCUGCAUCUCACUGAAGCCCAGGCUGCAGAAAACAAAACGCUGGUCUCGAUGAUCGAAUUUAUGCUCACCGUUCCGUACUUUUACUUCUCUUACUCGUACGACUUGACUCAUACACUCCAAAGGCUUCACAACACCACUCCAGAAUAUCUACAGUCCCCACUUCACGAAAGAGCCGAUCCUCGAUUUGUGUGGAAUGGUCACAUGUUGAGGGACUUCUCGUCUCAGCCUGAGUUGAGCCAGUUCUGCCUACCGUUGAUACUGGGCUUCAUUUCCAUAAACUCGUGCAACUUGAACGGCAAAACGUUCCUGUGGACGUUGGUCUCGAGACGCAGCUGCCACAGGGCCGGCACCAGAUUCUUCAUGCGUGGCAUCGACAGCGAAGGGCAGGUUGCCAACUUUGUCGAGACUGAGCAAAUUUUGGAGUUCCAAGGUGACAAGUGCUCAUUCGUCCAAACGAGAGGUUCGAUUCCUCUGUACUGGAGUCAAUUACCUAAUCUCAAGUACAAACCGUCUCCGCGCCUGAGCCAAGUGGAUAACCACGCUGAAGCCUUUGCAAGGCACUUUGACACCCAAAUCUUCCACUACGGCAGACAAGUGCUUAUCAACUUGAUCGAUCAAAGGGGUGCUGAAUUCGUUUUAGAACAAGCAUAUCAGGAAAUGGUCACACUCACCUCCAACCCGAACAUUAGGUACGAAGCUUUUGACUUUCAUCACGAGUGUCGGAAAAUGCGCUGGGAGAGACUCAACAUUCUGAUCGAUCGUUUGGCCCACGAGCAAGACGAGUUCGGCCAGUUCAUCCUUGCAAGGGACGGUGCUCUCAUUAAUCAGCAGGAAGGUGUUUUCCGCACCAACUGCAUCGACUGCCUUGACAGGACUAACGUCGUCCAAAGCAUGCUGGCCAGGAGAGCACUCCAGUAUGCCCUCGAAAGAUUCGGCAUUCUGAGCAGUGGUCAAAAAGUGGAAGAUCAGCCAGCAUUCGAGCGACUGUUCAAGCACGUCUGGGCUGACAACGCAGAUGCUAUUAGUGAGCAAUAUUCUGGGACGAAGGCGCUGAAAACCGACUUCACCAGAACCGGAAAGCGGACUGUCUCUGGAGCUCUCGCAGACGGCAUCAAUUCCCUGACCAGAUAUGUCAAGAACAAUUUCCAUGAUGGCUUCAGACAAGAUGCCAUCGACUUGUUUUUGGGCAACUACUUUGUUGAAGACCAUGACAAGACGCAACCCGCGCCAUCACCACUUGCCCUGAGACAGAGAGACUGGAAAUAUCUUACAUUCCCUCUCGUUUUGGCAAGCGCCAUUGCAAUGUUCUUUGCAAACUUCUUCACCCCAUUCGAACAUACCACAUUCACGCUGCUGUGUUUGCUCUUCUGGGGCUCCAUGAUUUUCAUCACUGCCAUCUCAAUUCUGCGCUAUGGUCCCGAGUACGUGGAUGCACCGAGGCUCAAUAGCAACCGCAAUAGGGUCUUGACGAUAGAUUAAUAAGGUAGGAGUGAUGCGCAAUUUUUAUUUUUAUUUUAAUAGCAGCUGAAUUUUUUAAUUGUCUAUCGCAAUCGAUAGAUACCAAGAAGUGGAACUUGUUUUGCUUUUUUUUUUGUCAAACGACAUCACUCGCUACUUAAAAAAAAGUAAAAUGCAAAUAGAAAUGAAGCUCUCGGUGAAAUUGAUUUUUUUUAAAGCGUUGUUGUUGUUUUAUCAAUUUAUAGGAUUAUUAAAUUAAUUGAAAAGAAAUAAAAUUGGAGGCGAGAGUCUCUGCUUCCAAGAGUUAUGAGUAUUAAAGCACAUGUAUAUUUGUUCAUUUAAAUUAAUUAAUCAAUUAAACAUACAAUACAAUAAAAACUGUCAUGUUUGAGCAACAUACAAACAUUUGAAAUGGAGACACGCCUCUCUAGGAACUUGCAGCAGCUUUGUUGCUCUGCUCAGUUCUCUGGGUUGUAAACGUCUCUGCCGGCAAUGCCGGUGCCCUCGGAAUCGCCGAUCCAAGGGUACCUAUUGGGGCACUCCCUGCAUGUUGUCAGGUACCUGGAUCGAAAGCAAUCUCAAUUAUUUGUCCUGCUCAGUAGGAGCGUAAAAAAAUAAUAAAAAGUAAAAUCAAGUUAUGGAAUAGAUUUUAGAUUUAUUGAAUUAAUUUGGGAUUUUUACCUUGUUGAUGUAACGUUUGCGUCGGGAGCCCUGAACGAAAGUGGGCAUUUGUUGGGUAAAUUGCAUGGAACUGAGGUUGUCGCUUCCUUCAGGCAAUUCCAGGGCUCAAAGUUUGUGAGGUCCUUGACAGGCUUGGGGUCGGUUAUCCAGACGAGGGCCUGAGUUGUCGUCAAAACCCAAACGUCAGGCCUGUUUUGAUACAUAUUUAUUUUAUCCCACUCCGAUUUUGAAUUAAAAAUCUUACAAUUUCAUCGCCCAGUCCAAGAAUUUGUGGAAUCCGGCUUCAAGUUCCUUGAUCUGGAACCAGUUUGUGUGGAAAGGCAUCAUGUACGGCGCGCGGUUUUGCUGGUAGUAACGAUUGAAGUCCUCCUUGAGCCACUCGAACACGUCGCUGGGGUCGUGGUUGUGCAGGACGCACUGGUCCAAGUACGGACAGUGACCACCCUCGUAAGUCUCGACGUAGUGGGCGUUCAGGGGCACUUCCCAGAUUCCUGCACAUUUAUCGCUGUAUUUUUGUUUCCCGUUAAAUAAAAUCUACCGACCUGGGAAUGACUUAGUGGGGCACGUGCCAGCCUUGCAGUCAUGGGGGAUUUUGUAGUCGAGUGUGUAGGGCCAGAGAGGAAUCCUCGAAGGCGGCACUCCGAUGGAGCUGUCGUAAAUGUAGCCAAAGUCCUCCAAAACUUCGUAUUGCGCGUUCCUGCCUGGUUUCAGAUACGGAGCUCUCAUUCCAACAAUGUCGCUGCGGGAAACGUUGGCCCAGUGGCGCAGGAUUUCUCUCUGACCAAUCAUCUCGCCAACCCACUCUUCGUACCCCUUAUUUUCCAGAUCUUGUUGAACACUGAAAUUUUCGAUUUUAAAAACAUGAUAUCAAUUAAUAAUCAUUUUGUUGAUAAAGCAAUAAAAAAAGUUUAGAUUUGAUUAUUGAUUAAUUUUAAAAAUAUCCACUUGCAUAUUUUUUGUUUCUUUCUUUUUCAAAUUCUUAAACUUACGAAAUAGUCUCGGUCGCGAUUUCGUGGUGCUGACUGGCCAAUUCCUGGAUCAUGUGGUAGUUGCUGUACUCGUGGGAGACAAAGAAUGUGCCCCUGAUUGCGCAACCGUUUGGAUUUUUGCGAUCUCCGUUGAAAAUUUUCUUGUAGUGCUCGUAAUUGUUCAGGUUGACGGCGCCGUCGAAAGUCAACAAAAUCAUUUGGGGUGUCUAUUGAAAUACGCAUUUCCAUCAAACAACCCUUAAAUUAUUUUCUUUUUAUCUCACUUGGCUAGGUUCAACGUCUCCGGGAAUCUUGGUUCCGUCCUUUGAGCAGAAACAGUAGGGCAACGAGCAGGCAGCGGUGUCGCACUUUUUGGCCUUGUCGAGAGACACCUCUGUGAUAGGCGCAGGUGCUGAAAAGGGAAAAAAAUUAAUGAAAAAUGCAAUUUAUUUGCAUUUUCAAAUUUGCUCACUGGCAGGAAUUGGUCCACAACGAGCUUCAUCUUUGAAUGUGCACAAUUUCUUGAUGUCGUCAAAAUAAAGUCCCGAGGGACAUCUGUUCAGGUAGGGGUAGUUGUCGACACACUAAUAAAGAUUAAGUUAUUAAUUAAUUUAAUUCAUAAUUCUCAAAAGAAUUUAGAAUUUUACCUGGUAAAAUCUUCGGCAUGUGGCAGGAUCAGCAAAAUUUCCAUUUCCCUCUCCUUCCGGACAAAUGAAUUCUGAUUCUGUUGCUCUCCGUAAUCGUUCACCUUGAAAUUAUAAAACAAUGAUAAUAAGUUUCUUUACUUCUUAUUUUGUAUCUUGGGAAUGAAAUGAGUUUAAUUUCACUUAAAAUAUAAUUUGAUAUUAUCGUAAAGUCUUUUGCAUCAGCCACAAUAUUUCAAUCCUUUUGAAUCACUAAUAAUUAAUUUUGUGAAGAUCAUUUAUAAUUUACGCAUUUUGUUAUUAGCAUUUCCUCAUUCAAUUAUUAUAAUUAAUUUCUAGAUAAACAGCCACUUCCUUGUAUUUAAAAAUUUCAUGAAAAAAUCUGAGAAUGUGGCAUUGUACGCCAGCAAAUACAACAACGCCUAUAAGCUCACUUAAUUUGAAGGUGACUUUGACUGCGACGCCAUCAUUUUUUUAUAGAAAACUUUUCCUCAUGGCUUAUGGAAUAAAUUAAUUUUUUAUUAACAUAAUACACACGCAAUCAACCAAAAAAAAUAACUUUUGAAGUUAGAAAGGAACGCGCAGUUGACAGCACAAAAGCACUCCGCCCUUUUUCAAACACGGUUUUAUGAAAAUUUCGUCAGCAGUCCGUCUCCAAGGCUGUCUUGCAGCAGACAAAGUUUCAAACAGGAUUGAAAUUUUUCCUUAAACAGGUUGCGGUGGACAAAAAAAAACGGAGCCAAUGCCACGGCGAUUGACUUGCAAACUAUAUACAUAGGAAGUAGCGCUUUUCCAAUCGAGGGCGAAAAUAAAAUCGUGCGUUCGAUUUCCUUUCCUUCUCGCGACAGAAAAUGCAAAGAAGAAAGAGCAAAAUCAGUAGAAAUGUGUAUCAUAGCCUCAUUAUCAUCAUCACUGUGCUGGCCGAAAGCACUUUCUCCCCGACGCUUUUAAUUCAGGCCAAUAUAAUACCUCACGUGUGUGUUUGUAUUUAUGGUCGGUCACUGAUCCAUAUAACUUGUAUAUUUGCAUAAAUGCGCCGCGGUAUCUUUAGAUUUCUCGCGGCGUACUCUCUUUGCAAAUUAAAAGCAGGUUGCACUGCCAAUUACAGAAGUAGAUGAAGGAAAAUUAAAAAUAAAAAAUUUCUUUCACAAUCAACUAUGAAAAAGGAUUGUUAUGUUUUUAAACUUUAUAAAAUAAAACGAAAACGUUUUAAAUAAAUUUACCUCAGCCAUUAACGUUUAAAUCAACAUAUUUUUGCAAGUAUUCCUAGAAACAUGAUGAAUUAAAAAUGAAGCAACUUUUCUUUGUAAAUUAAUAAAUUUGUAAAGAAUUUUCUUUGCUUCUUUUUAAUUUGCGCGAUUUUGUCUAACAAAUUUUGAAUACUUGAGGAAAAACGAUACAGUAAACAAUUUUAAACUCGUAUAUUAUAUUAUUUUAAACUUUGUAAGUAAAGGAGAGACUUGAGCAAAUAAACAUUCGAUCAAUUUUGAUGGAAAUUUUUCGCUACAUUAGCAUUGGUUUAAAGAUGUCAGUUCCAAGAAGGCAUAAUAAGAAAAUUGAAUUUAUCGGGAGAACUGAAUUUUUUGAAAUUUCUGAAGGGAAUUUUCUAAAAUAUUUUUUUUUCUCAAAAUAAGCCCGAAUAAAAUUGAUAAAAAUUUCAGCAAAUCACGUUCAUAUCACCUCAAUUAACAUAGAAUAAAAAUUUACAUUGAUCUCAUAUUGGAAAAGGUUGAAAAGUUUUAUUUACAGUGUUGGAGUCGUUAGAAAAUCUUUUGAAAUUAGGUCUAACGAGACAUUACUCUAUAUAAGUUUUGUCGGCCCCGAGAACGUGAGUACCGACUCAUGAGUUAGUUUAAAAAUUUUACUCUUCAGGAAGGUAAUUGCUGAGAAGAAACCGGGCGCAUUUCUCACACUGGCUGCAACAUUCUAUAUUUUCAUAUAUAUUUAUACACAUUUUUCACUCAGUCGCGCGCGCGGCCGAGAGAAAUGAAACGAAUUAUGGUGUGUGUGCCGACGACUAUAGAAAGUUUUGUAAAAUGUGAAUGUCAACCGCGUGCGACCUCACAAAUAAUUAUGUUCUCGCAGUGAAAUUUCGGGCCGAGAGAUAUAUGAACAAAAAAUUUCAACAAACGAAAAGAACCUUCUGGAAAUGAUCCGGAGAGAGAGAGAGAAUCGUGUAUGGUAAUUUAGUAAUGACAGAGAGACGCUUAACGGGACCUUUAAAAAAGCACGGACCGAUAAAUGAAUGUUAAAUUCAAUCGCCGGCGGUGUUCACGGUUCCUUGAAAUUCGUAGAGAGGAAAAGUUAAUACGGAGCGUAAUUAUAUUUGAUAAUUGUUUGUUUUCCUCAAAAGAAUAAAUUACACACACACAAACGCGGCGUCAAAAGCUGAUGACAUUGAUCUACUCCCGGGUCACUUUCACUUGUUUGUAAGAAUCAAUAAAAUUGGUGAGCAUUCUCCAGUGUUUGGUAAUAAGCAAUAAUUGCGUCUGACUGGUUUUUUUGUCACACCACCUGCUCUCAUUACAAAUGAGGAGACUGCAAAUUUAUCUUAUUAAACGAUUUCAAAAGUAAUAAGAGAAAAAGGAAAAUAUUUAUAUGUAAAUUGAGGAAAAUUCUAAAUAACUUACUCAACAAAAAUGUUCUUUUUCUUACGAAAGAUAUUCAAAUUAAUUGUGACAAAGUAAAACGCGGAAGUUGAACAAAGUUGAUCUCACCUGUGACUAUGGCUAAUGUAACGAGCCCAACGGCGGCGACCAAAAGCGGUCGUCUCGAUGAGGUGCACUUCAUUGCUCGCAAUGUCUCGGACAACUAGUCGGUCGGGCAGGCCGCGACUCGCGCCUCUCUCGGCUCGCUGGGUCGGCCCCAGAGAGUGGUGAACGCGCGAGCGAGUGGAGGAGAAAAAUAUCUCAAUGGCCAGGUGAAAUGCUAGGUCGUCGGCUGGCGCGGCACAUCUCGCGCUUUCCAAUAAAACGACACUGCCCCGAACAAUAAGAGUUCUUAGAUUUCUAUUUCACGCUGAAAUGCUAUAUCUGCUCCUCAUUUUUUUUUUCUGUUCAUUCCGCCGAGUCGCGAUUCGGGCGGCCGCGGGGGCCGCGGGACCCCAGGGGUCGAUUAUUGCGAGCUGACCUAGUAGUCGGCUCAUGUUUCUUUCUUUUUAAUCAAGGUCAUUAGAUGCGAGCAAAAGCCGGUCCCCGGCAGGCAGACGGACGAACUCACUUUCCACCUCGCACACCUUCCUCCUUUUCAUUUAAAUUAAUCCUGCAUGCGCGGAUGGCUGAAUAGAAAUUCACUCGCGCUCAUGGAAAUCAUUUGCGAUCGAGUUUUCUCGCGAUUUUUUAUUUUGCAAAUAGACAAAUAUGCGCAAAAUUCAAAUACAAAAAUUUAUAUAAUUUAUAUUUAUUUCCUCCCAAUUCAGAUUCAUUGAAAUCUGCCCUUCCAUCAAAAUCAAAGCGUUUUUUAAAGCAAACACUUAAAAUGGCCCAACACAUUUGAAUUUCUGCCAUCACGACUUAGAAUUAUUUAUUUAUCAGUUUCAAAGAUGCUCAGCGAGCCUUGAAUUUUCUGAAAACGAUAUAAAAAAGUCAGUUUUCUGUUUCUUUUAUUUUUUGGGAAUGAUUCAAAAGCAGACCAGAGACUGUCACUUGAACAGACGUUUAUUUUACAAUUCAUCUUUGGCUGCUAAAUUCGACCUUUCAUUGUUAAUAAAAUAAUUUACAAUUUACAUUUAACAUGUGUUCUGAAGUAUUAGUAAUUUAUUUUCAGGAAUAUUCAAUCACAGUGCUGAAUUUUUCACAUUCAAAAAUUAUUUGUUCAAAAUAUUUUUAUAUAUUAUUUUAUUAGUGAUUUUAUCUAGUAAUAAUUAAAUUUACUUGUUACUAUAAAAUUAGUAUUAAAAUAAAAAAAUUGUUUUAAAGAUACUUUUAUGAAAUAAAUAUAUAUUUAUGACUAAGUAAAAGUACAUCAAUAAUAAUAUUAAUGGCUACGGAUUGAGCUGCUUCAAACUAUCCGAAUCAGUGUUGUCGUUUCCUUGUUGUGGCUAUUUACAAUCAUUCCGCGGAUAAUUCAAAGUAAAUCGAUUUGAGAGAGUGCUCGGUGAAAAUUUCGCGCUUUGUUCUUCUUUACAAAUAAGAGUUGUAGUUGUUCUUGGUCCCGCUCCUCGAUAUGCUGAAUUGCCUGGACGCGUUGUUGUAGAUCCGCGAGCCUUUUUUGCCGCCCAGAUGCAGCAGCUGAAAGCAAACAAUUUGCAAAAAAUGCUUCCGCGGUUCUUGAAUGCAUUUUAAUUUCAUACCUUCUUGAUUUUGUGCCAGGAGAACGUGCCGUCCGGAACCAUUUGUUGCCAGGACUCGAUGGCAAAGUCCGGUAUCAGGGCAGCGACCACGAUCACCGUGGUCAGCAGCCAGAAAUUUGGCGAUUCCAGCAUCACCACAUAGCCAAAUAGUUUGUCCGUAUUUCGACCACCACUGAAAAUAUUUUCAUUUUUUUAUUUUUAUUUUUUUAACUUGAAAACAAUUUCAAUUUUUCCAAUCAAGUCAUACUCACAGACUGAAUCCAGGAAGUAUGCAGUAAAUAACUACCAAUCCCAUGAAAAGGGGGAAAAUGCUGGCGACAAUGGCGACAAGAAGUGGCCAGGACCAGUAUCGGCUCAUGAUCAAAACUUUCAAGUUGACCACAAUGACGACGUUGUGCAUCGUCGCCGUUCCCAAAAUCCAAAGACCCGCGUCCGAACCGUUCCCGUUCAAAGCAGUGCUGUUGACUUGCAAGUAGAGCAAAACGCCAAAGUAGCAGCAAAUUGCGUGCCACAAUCCUGCGAUUAAUUUUUUUUUUCAUCAAUAUAAUUAAAAAAAGAGCUAAAAUUACCGUGGGCCACCCAGCCCAUAAAUUUAGGCCAUUCCAUCAGUUUGUUUUUGCGGUGCCUGAGAUAAUUUUCCGGAUGAGCCAGAAGGGUGUCGGCACUCAAAUCUUGCUCCGUGAUUCCGAAAAGGACGACGGGGAAGAAUGAGAAGAUCACGUUGUACAGAGUGAUGUAGAAACCGUCGUACAAAGCCUGCAAAACGAAACAUUUUAUAUUUAUUUAUUUAGAGCUUUUUUUAGAUUAAUUACAGUGGUGGACCAGAAGUUGAUGAAUUGGAAAAACACUUGCGGCGUCACGUAAGCGAUGUUUUUGUAGAAAAAGUACUCGACCAGCAUGGCUGCCCUGCGGUAGUACCAGUGGCCGUGCACCAAAAACGCGCGUCUCAGGUGCUGGAAUCGGGGAAUGGCGAAGUCCGAACUGAGAACGGCCUGACGACCUUCCUUUCCGACAACGCCUGGGCGAAAUUUUUAUUUUGAUAUAUAAAUAUUUUUGCAAAAGUAUUAAAAACUUGGCCCAACCAAUUCCGACGUGGGCUUCCAUGAUCAUUGACACGUCGUUGGCUCCGUCUCCAAUCGCAGAGGUCGUAGGACGUUCUUUGGACGCUUUCAUCAGAGCCACAAUCUUAACAAGAGUUUAAAAAAAUCUAUUUGUUAGUAAAUUUCGGGUGAAAACUAAUUAACCAGAAGUCUGUGGUUAAUCUAAAUUAAAAAUAAAUCUACUGAGCUGUGUUCCAUAAGAAGAAAUUUUGAAGUCGAAAUUUUCACUGAUUUUCUUUUUGCCAAAUUAAUUGAACUCAUUUUGAUGAAAUCUUUGUCAAUUUUUAUUAGGUUGAUUUGGAGCGAAAGAAAAAACUAAUUUAGAAUAUUCUUAAAGGAAACAACGUUAAUUUAAAAAAAAAAAUUAAGUUCUAUAUAUCAAUGAAUUAAAUUUUUCUUAUGACGUCACCUUAAACAAAAUUUUCAAAACCGAUGCUACUCUAUAGGGAAAAAUUUUUUCGCUGUUUUAAAGCAGAAGCUCCUCAUAAAAUAUCUAAUUAAAAUAAACUUAAAAGUAAUGAGAAAAAAUUGAAACUGGACGAACCUAGUUGCAAAGAUAAAAUGAAAAAAUAAAGGACAACUGACCCCAGAAGGCGACCUGCAAUCUGCUGGCGCUUUAAAAACCUAGGGGUUUGUUGUGAUCAAAUUAAAACUACGUGGGAGGAAUUCAUAGAAAAAAUUAAACGGGGAGAAUUUGAUUUUAAUGAACAAAAAUUGCGGAAAUUAAUUAAGCAAAUGAUUCAGUCCAUAGCUUCAUACUUUGCUUAAUUAAUAUCUACAAUUUUUGUUAAUUAAAAUUAAAAUUUCUCCAUUUUAUUUUUUAUUAAUUCCUCCCACUUACUUUUAGUUUGGACACGACAAAACCCUAGGUUUUCAAAGCACCACCAGACCUCAGGUUGCCUUUGGAGGGUCAGUUGUCCUAUAUUUUCUCAUUUUUUCUUCGAAACGAUCUUUGGCCGGUUUAAAUUUUUCAUGAAAUCCACCUUGAGUGUCAUAGCACGCAAUUUAAAGUAAUAAUUAAUUUCAAUUUAUUCUUUUUUUUUAGUGCAGUUUUUUUUCUAUAUUUUGUUUAUACCUCACACUUCUGCAAGGGUGACAGACGACAAGCCAGAACAGUCGCACACAUUGAGCCAACCUCACGCAAAAGUUCAGGUCCAUGUUUCAGGGCCAUCGCCAAACUGGAUCCGUCCACAACCAAACUGUGUUUCUUCUGAGGAUCACUAAUGAUUCUCAACCUGAUUUAAAAGUAAAAAAAUUAUACUAAUUUUUGUAAAGAUUCUUGUUUGAUAAUUACUUGAUGUCGUGCAAUUCCUGGAUGCACUCGUCGUUGCUCUUUUGUUCGACCAGCAUUUGCUGGACGGUGUCGGGUUUGAGGUGUUUGCACGACAGGCUGACGUUGAUGGCCGUUUCCACUUUGUCGCCGGUGAGCACCCACACUUUGAUUCCGGCCGCGGCCAGACUUUCCAGGGUCUCGGACACGCCGGGUUGCAGUCGGUCCUCGACCCCGGUCGCACCGAUCAACUCGAGGUCUCUUUCGAGGGCUUCAUUGGCCGCUUUCACAGCAACCGCUCGAUUUUCGCCUAUCAUCUGCCGCGCCUCUUGCAGAUUUUUGUUCAGAUUGUUCCAGUCGUCGCGAGUUAGGGCUCGACGGGCGAUCACAAGAGUCCUCAGACCAAGCUAGGAAUUGCAAAAGAAUUCAAAUAUUUAUGAUCAUACUUGGCUAACCAGGGAACCACCUCAUGUGUCCGCCUUCGAUUUUGAUGAAACUAAUACAAGGGCUAGGCUGGGACGUGUAAUGAUCAAUUUUGGUGGAAUUUCGUGCUAAUUGCCCCUUCUGGCCGCUUUACAGGCGGCCAAAGUUUUUUGAGGUAGGCCACCCGCGGGUCCUGUCUGUCAAGAUUUUGCAUAAAACACCUGAAAUGGGCUAAUCUAGGCAAUUUCUUGACAAGUAGGAUUCGCGGGCUGCCUAUAUCAAAAGAAAAAGACUCCCAGAAACGGUGCCAAAAGGGGCAAUUAGCACAAAAUUUGGUAAGACUCGGUCUCUACACACCCGUGCCUAGCUCACGUACCAAAUUGGAGGCGGACAGAUGAGGUGGCCUCCUUGUAAGAUAGCUUUUUUGUGAAAAAUGUGUGGUUUUUAUUGACAAAUUAAACGCCUAGUGAUUUGUUUUAGCUGCAAAAGCUGGAAUAAUUUUCACGAUUUUUUUUUAUGAAUUCUUAUGGAUAGGCUAUUUUUGUAAAAAUAAUUGAAAUAAGUGAAAUUUAGAAGCAAAUAAAGUUGAUAAAAGGUGAAAUUCUCAAAAUAAUAUGUUUUUAUUCACUCAAAUAGUUGUAAAACGGUGAAUUAGAUUCCUAAAUUGUAAAUUUUUACAUCAAAAUGAUAAUAAUAUAGUUCAUUCACCUAUUUUUUACCAACCUUUCCUAUGAUUAUUUAUUUAAAUCUUUAAUAAAUAAAUUAAAUUUUAAAUAUUUAAUUGAAACCUUUUCCCAUGCAAUGAAUUUGAUUAAUUUUUAAGCUUGGCAUUAUUUAUUUUCACCUUGGCUAGCAUCGUUUAUUAUAAUUGUUUGAAUUAAUUUUAAUUUGUACGUACAACAGCAAAAUCGCCAACGUGCUUGAGCGCCGUAUCGAUGGGCCCACUGGUGCACAGUGGGGCGACAAUCGACUCGGCACCUUUGCAGAGCAGCCAGAUGUUGCCCUUUUCGUCCUCUACCACGACCGUCAUUCUUUUGCGUUCUUCGGAAAUAAUUUUCGAGUUUUAUUAGUGCUAUUUUUACAUUUACAACCGUACCUGACGUAAACUCGAUUGUCUCGAGUCGUUUCAACCGAAUGUUGCGGCCGUCGCUCAUCUUGAUUAUCAUCUCCUCCGUUAUCUCCCCCGUGUAUUGCGCGCCACACCUGCACAGUUAAACAAUAAAAGCGGCGAGUUCAAGACAAAAGGGCAAUUAAUUAAUUCAACACGCACCGCUGAGCAACCUCAACCAAGGCCUUUUCGUCCGGACUGGAGGCCUGGUACUCCAGGCUUGUGGCUCCUUUCGUCUGCUCCUGGGCGAUUUGCACCGAGUGACAGGCGGCUAGGGUCAAAUAGAAGAAUUCCACCUCGGGCUAAAACAAAAUAUUAAAUUGAUUUAAAGGAUUUUUUAAUUUAAUUAUUAGUUACUCACGGGAAGAGCAAACAUGGUUUUGACCGGAUCAGAGCUGUGCUCGUCAUAUCGGCGCAGGUGUCCGUUUAAUUCCUCGUAGCACACGGAAUUGAUUGAGCAUCUUCUGAAGAUCAUGUCGUUUUCGGUUAGAGUUCCGGUUUUGUCCGUAAAGAGAUACUCCACCUGAAUUUAAAUUAACUGAAGCCUCAACUUAAAAAUUUGACAUUUUUCUUACUUGGCCCAAUUCCUCAUUCAAAUCGGAAGUGUUGCAAAUUGCGAUUUCAUUAAGGUCCUCUGAAAACAUUUGAAGGUCCCAGCCGAAAAACACACUGCCGAGGAAUUUUUGCAACUCUGAAAUAUCAUUGAUUGCAUUUCAUUGUCAAUUUAUUCAAAAUUGUUACCCAUAGUCACGUAAAGGGAGAUCGGAAUGAUGUAGUUGAAAAUGACCACAAACGAGAAAAUGUCUUCAAUAAUUCUUCCCGCUUCAAUGAUAGGUCGUGGCGGCAUGUAGGCCGUGAACGCGUCUAUUCAAUUCACGUCAAUCUUUUUACAUUGCAAUAAUUAAUUUUAAAACCUUACCAAAUUCCUUAGUUGCUUCAAAGAUGUACUUGAGACCGCUGCACAGUGCCACUUCGAACACCAACAGGGACAAAAGGAAAAUCAGGAACUUGUUCACCGUUCUGCAAAGGAGAAUUCUCAAUUCUAUCCGAAAGGCCACUUUCAACUUUUGACCUACCUUUCGACCACCGAGUACUUCUUUACUGGCUUCUUCGAGUUCAUCGCCAACUUGGUGUCCUGGCCUGUGUAUAUGGUUGACCCUGAUUUGAAAUAAAUUUAUUCAUUGUUAAAACUGGA